AUGGAUGGAGAUGAGGAAAACAGAGUAACACGGUGCUUUUGGGCUGACUCAAUAUCAAGACGAGCUUAUAGCUUUUAUGGAGAUGUAGUUAUCUUUGAUACUACAUACAACACAAAUCGGUAUGGAAUGAUUUUUGCACCAUUCACUGGUGUUAACAAUCAUGGGCAGACAAUCAUCUUUGCUUGUGCAUUCUUGAAUGAUGAGACAGCCGAUACUUUUGUUUUGUUAUUCAAGGAAUUUCUAAAUGCUAUGCCAGGAGAUGCACCAGAAAAUGCCCCCAAGAUGAUCAUUACUGACCAAGAUCCUGCUAUGACUAAAGCCAUUUCAGAAGCACUCCCACAAACAUUUCAUAGAUAUUGCAGUUGGCACAUUCUUAAUAAAUUUUCUGAGAAGCUAGAUGCGAUUAAAUAUCGGGAUUCCUACCAAGACUUUCAUAGCUGCAUAUGGAAUUCAAGUAGUAGAGAGGAGUUUGACUCAAGAUGGAUUGAAAUUAUUGAGAAGAGUGGGUUGAGUGAUAACAAGUGGCUGGAGUUGAUAUACGAAAUUCGAAUUCCAUCACCAGCAUAUGUCAAUCAUGUUUUCUCAGCUGGAAUGUCAAGUAGUCAAAGAGCAGAGAGUCAACAUUCUUUCUUCAAGAAUUAUGUUUCUAAGUGGAAUUCAUUGGUGGAAUUUAUGGUUCAAUUUAAGAGGGGGCUUCUUCACCAACGACAUUAUGAGUUAGAGGAGGAUCAUAUUAAUAUUGAUGAGAAGGCAAAAACUGUCAUGUCCCUUGACAUAGAAGAUCAUAUGGCCAAGGUUUAUACACGUAAACUAUUUUAUGAAGUUCAAGAACAGUUGAGAGAGAGCUUUAAAUAUAAACUUGAACUUGUGUUUGAAAAUGUCACUCAAGAAUAG